AUGGCGGAAUCGCCGUGCAAUAUGCUCAGAAACAUCAGACCAUCAAUCAAGAGGGCAAAGCGGUCUAGAAGCAACUUGAUCGAGGCGGCUGCCAGCUGCUUGAUAUCCGACGAUGACUUCCGGCAAAAGCUGCACAAGUUCCUGCCCGUGUGCCAGGACAGCCAACGCCCGCAAAAGAUUCGUCUUCGCGAUCAAGAAUUCAAUUAUAUCACCGAGCUACUUCUCAUGCGCGGCAAGAAAGAGUGGGCUCUACGGCCGAGGCACUUCGUGAUACUCUACAUGAUCGGCCUCGAGCAAGUCAUGGACUCCUUUGUCACCGACGAGCGGAGUGAUUAUUUCCUGCCCUACACGGAGGACAACCUACCCGAUGCCCUGACGGGAGAGAACAGAGCGCAUUUUCUGGCAUAUCAAAAUCAUGUGCUUGACGGCCAGGGCGUCAGUCUGGAAUCGGGCGGAGCGAGACAUCAGAACUGCCAAGGAGACGCACGAAGCAAAUUCUUCUAUACCAAACGGAGGCUAGGCCAGGGAGGAUCCCAGAUUUAUCGAUCGCAAGUCGACCAUGUGAUUGGCAAGCACAGUCUAAUGCACUUUGCCCUCAAGACGAUACCCCGGCAGCACAUCGACGACACCAAGGACCGGAAGAUCCUGAAGCUCUUCCAAAACGAGCUGGAAGUCCUGCAGUUUGUCGACCACCAGCACAUUGUCAAAGUGGUUGGGUCGUACACCGAUGCGAGCGUCGUCGGCAUCCUCAUGACGCCAGUCGCAGAUCAGGAUCUUGCGGCGUUUUUGGAGAAGAAGCUCCCUCCUGCUGGUGAAGCUGACCGACGUCUACGCAUCCGCACCUUCUUUGGCUGCAUCGCGACCGCCAUUGACUACCUGCACAACAACAAGAUCAAGGGUGUGCAGCACAAGGAUAUCAAGCCCAAGAAUAUUCUUGUCAAGGAGAGCAAGGUGUAUCUGACGGAUUUUGGGACUGCGCAAGUAAGAAGAGAAGACGUUGACGACACUGCCGAGUCGUCCACAAAUCCCAGCAUGAAGUUCGUUUCCAAGAGAUAUGCGCCCCUCGAGGCGGUCAUCGGGACCCGGACACGUGCAAGUGACAUAUGGUCUCUUGGCUGUGUCUUCGUCGAGAUGUUGACUGUGCUUGCCGGCAAGUCCAUGCAGGACCUCAGCCAGUUCCUGCAAGACAAAACCAAUGGUUCUGGGUCAACUGCAUAUUAUGAAAACGAGCGAGGCCUGCAAGCGUGGCUGCAAUACCUGCGGGGCAUCUUAUCGAACGAAGAGAACCCGCAGGAUGCCAUUCUCGUGGAUAUCGUUGAAGCCAUGUGCAGGUCCAAAAAGGAAGAAAGGCUCACGGCAAGUGACCUACUCCGGAGGAUCUUCAAGCUGGAGGGAGCCUACCAUGGCCUCUGCUGCAGUGAUCGGUCACGUCCUCAAGGUGGUCAUCAUCCAGUCUCGUAUGAAACAGACCUGUCGCACUCUGAGAUUUUGGAGUCUUGGGAGUCAGACACAUUGGGUGCUACUGAUGUGGAGGACUGUGACACCGUGACCGAGCCAGUAAAUGUCCUAGCGGAAAUAGAAGAGGACAAGGCGGCCAAGAAUUAUGCUUCCCCUCUUAUGGAAGACGGCGAGACUACAUUGGUAGUUUCCAACAAACCACCAAAGGACCCUCGGAAUCUUCUGGAGGAUGUUACCGAGUUGAUUCCACCACCUCUCAGCCAAUUUAGCAAAACCGGAGAUCCUGCUGAAGAUGUGGGCAUAUCAGCUCCAUCAAUGCCAGAUGACACUAGGCAUUCUUCACAACCUUUCGUCUCUCCAGAAGCCACAACGCUCUGUCCGUGGCCAGGGUGCAAUCCCAGUUCGAGCGGCUCUCGCCAAGUAUUCGACAGCAUGGACAAGCUUAGGCAGCAUCUGCGCGAUACGCACUUAGUCCACGACUUUGGCUGGACUCAUCUGCAAGGCGACAGAGGGACGGCCACGCUGAGGCCAGAGAAAGGUCGAUUCGAGUUGAAGAGGGUCAAGCGUGUGCGGUUCUCCGGGCUUCCAGAAGAGCAGGUUAUCCGGUCCAAGGCCUUGCAGAGAAGUCGCGUAAAUCAGUCAAGCGGAGCGUACGACAUCACGGCUGAGAUGCCUCAUGCUCCCGGCUCGGCCAGCGCAGCGCAGACUAAAGCGUGUAAAGAGCUGGGCAUUCCUCCAAAUACAUAUGUUCCGUCAUAUCUUCUCGCUGCAAACAAUCGAUUCUCAGCACCGCAGCUGCGUCAACGUCUAGCCGCCGAGUACAGUCGACCGCUCUUUGUAUACGGAACACUCAUGUUCCCCAGCGUAUUACGCGCCCAGGCAGAGCAUUUUCUCAAUCCUGAUGGCAUUUAUUCAUCGAGCCAGGGGAGACGCCUGCGCACGGUAGAAAGCGACUGGGGUAGGAUCAACGAUGGGAUAAGAGAGGCCGCCCAGCAAGGGACGCCUGCGGUUCUAUCAGGCUACUCGAGAUUUUGUCUCCGCCAGUACAGUCUGGCAUAUAUCCAGCCAAGCCAGCAAGGCGAAACGCGUGGGUUCCUCAUAUUUGGUCUCUCGGCCGAGGCACUUGCGUGUCUGGAUCACCUGUACGAGAGAGGCGGCCCGCGUCACUUUUAUGACGGGAGACGAAAACAAUCCGCUCCAUGGGAUAUGACCGAACUGGUGAGACAACGGGUUACUGUCCGCACCAAUGUCAAGGACGGCAAUACGCUCAAUAUUGAGGCCGACACGUAUGUUGCCAAUACCGAGGAAUGGAGGGUACCAAAGUCCGCCGGGGCAUGGGACAUGACCCGGUUCCUCUGUUCCAAGAGUUAUGCAAAGAUCACCCAGUCGUCAAGAAGGGACAUGAUCGAGGAGAAAUCGAUCGCCAGAGAGCUAGGCACCAACCUGGUCAUGCCCGGUGAUAAACUUGUGGCAGCGGUGCUGGACAACAACUACGACGCGCUGUGGUCCUUGAUAGAUGAGGGCCAGGAUGUCGACAUGGCAUCCAGCACAUACGGCACGGCACUACAAGCCGCGGCGAGCAAGGGGAAUAUCGCGAUGAUGCACCAAUUAAUCGAAGCUUCAGCAGACAUUAAUGCCCCCGGUGGCGAGUAUGGAUCCCCGCUAAUGGCGUCCGUCGUGGAAGGGCAUUUCGAUGCGAUGAAGCUUUUGCUGAGGCACAAGGCAAAGCUCUUCUCCUGCGGCGGAAAGUACGUGAGCCCUCUCUACCAAGCAGUUUCAUUCGACCGCCUAGACAUGGUCCAUGCGCUACUAGAGAAGGGAGCUUGGUUGACAAGAGACUAUCGCGAACUGCUCGAUCUGGCGACAGAACGGAACAACGACGAGAUUAACGAGGAGCUGCUCCGAUACGAUGUCUUACAGCUCGCAAAAAAACAUUUGCCAGGGAGCGCAAGUCCGGCAUCUUCUGAUAUCGAUAAUUCCAACGGUGACCAGGAGGUUGAAGUGACGGUAUCGAAAUCAAUCGGAGCCAUCUGCCUUUUCGAGGCUAUCAAGCUGUACAACCGGCCUGGCAAGUGGACUGGUAUAAAACUCGUCAAGGUCUUAAAGGCAGGCUUCGAGCGUGGCUUGAAUGAAAAGAUUCUAGAGCAGAUCCGGCCGCAUAUACAUUCCUUCCCUGCCCUCCAAAGGUUCUUUACCGAAGCAUUAGAUGGAUUGCUCGGUGGUGGGUUUGGGCCGGUUCGGCAUACUGACCCAAUUGACGACCUGCCCACUCCCUCGAGAGCGCAAUUGCGAGUCAAGUGA